GAAAUGGGUCUAAUCUUGCUCUGUAGCUGUCCUCGUUUACCCACCACAACGCCCUUCGGCGGGUGCAUGGUGGUACUCGAUUGCUGCUUUAAACAGCAGCACUGACAUGGAAACCCCAUUGCAGUUGAAGAACGAUUUCUUUCAAGAGCAGCAGUUCCAGCAUCACUGUAAGUACCAGCACUACUGCGGACCAGAGGAACGCUCCACUAAGCAGCGCAACCAAUGCUGCACCUGCAAGAACUGUACCUGUGGUGCAAGAAAAAGCCUAGUUUUUCGCGGGACUUCGGCGACCACUCAAGGAACUUUAAGGACGCCGUCCGUAACGUCUUCGGGACAAGGUUGUCAAUUUAGCGUCUGUGAGUUUAAGCCCUCCAGUCAUGGUAGUUCACCCAGACAUCACCACCAUCAGCACUGCCACAAUCGGCCGCGGGGCAGCCCGAGCAGCAGCCACAAAGAGAGUAACUCGUAUAACGAAAUAGCCAUGAGCAACUGCAGAUACAACGGCGGCGUAAUGCGGCCGCGGAGCAACUUGAGCUCGUCCCGCAGAAACCUACACGAGUUUGAUUCAGAGUCCCAGCCUUUACAACCAAUUUCCACCGCAGAUGCAUCGGACACCCUAGCAUCCAAACCGGAGAACAAUUCGACCACCCUGAUGCCUUACGCAUCGGGAGACGGAGGGGGUGGAUGUAACAACAGUGGCAGUAAAUCGGGUAAAAAGAAGAACCAGAACAUUGGGCAAAAGCUUGGACAUAGAAGGGCCUUGUUUGAGAAAAGGAAGCGCCUCAGCGACUAUGCUUUGAUCUUCGGGAUGUUUGGGAUCGUUGUUAUGGUUAUAGAGACUGAACUCUCAUGGGGAGCAUAUGGAAAGGAAUCCUUGUAUUCAUUAGCUCUAAAAUGCCUGAUAAGCCUUUCUACAAUCAUUCUUCUUGGUCUGGUUAUCAUAUACCACGCAAGGGAGAUUCAGUUAUUCAUGGUGGACAAUGCAGCAGAUGACUGGAGGAUAGCCAUGACCUACGAGCGCAUCUUCUUCAUCUGCCUGGAGAUCCUGGUGUGCGCCAUCCACCCCAUCCCAGGGAACUACACCUUCACCUGGACAGCGCGCCUGGCCUUCUCCUACACCCCGUCCAAGACGGACGCAGACGUGGACAUCAUCCUGUCCAUCCCCAUGUUCUUGCGGCUGUAUCUCAUCGCCCGCGUCAUGCUGCUCCACAGCAAGCUCUUCACAGACGCCUCGUCCCGCAGCAUCGGGGCGCUCAACAAGAUCAACUUCAACACACGCUUUGUCAUGAAGACCCUGAUGACCAUCUGCCCUGGCACCGUGUUGCUGGUCUUUACCAUCUCGUUGUGGAUCAUCGCUGCGUGGACCGUGAGGGCCUGCGAGAGAUACCAUGACAACAUGGACAUAACCAGCAACUUUCUAGGAGCCAUGUGGUUGAUAUCAAUCACUUUUCUAACCAUUGGAUAUGGGGAUAUGGUACCCAACACUUACUGUGGAAAAGGAGUCUGUCUCCUCACUGGUAUUAUGGGAGCCGGCUGCACAGCCUUGGUAGUGGCUGUGGUUGCAAAGAAACUGGAGUUAACCAAAGCUGAAAAACAUGUUCAUAAUUUUAUGAUGGACACCCAGCUGACAAAAAGAGUGAAAAACACAGCUGCAAAUGUACUGAGGGAGACCUGGCUCAUCUACAAGAACACCAAACUUGUGAGGAAGAUGGACCAUGCCAGAGUCAGGAAGCACCAGAGGAAAUUCCUCCAAGCCAUUCAUCAAGCUCGAAAAUUGAGAAGUGUUAAAAUGGAGCAACGCAAGCUGAAUGACCAAGCAAACUCACUAGUGGACCUUGCAAAGACUCAGAACAUCAUGUAUGACCUGAUCUCAGACCUGAACGAGAGAGGGGAGGACAUGGAAAAGAGGAUCGCCCUGCUGGAGACCAAGCUGGAGACUUUGCUGGGGAACCUGCAAGCCCUGCCAGGACUCAUCAGCCAGGUCAUCAGCCAGCAGCACAGGGACUUCCUGGAGGUGCAGCUCCAGCCGUACAACAAACACAGCCCUGAGCGAUCGCAGUCUGUGUCCAGACGGAGGUCAUCCUCCACUGCACCACCCACCUCCUCCGAGAGCAGCUAGAGUCCAAGGGGAACACCUACAGAGAAGACUUUUGCCAUCAUAUGGCCAAGUUGCAUUUAUUGUAAAGCCUUAUGGUUUCAAUAAGUAUUAUCCAAAUUCUGAUGACAGAAUCCGAGCUACUGGGACAAUGGAUUUUAAAAGGGAUGCUGUUUAUUUUUGUUACCUCAAAAGAUGUUAUCCUUGCUCUGGUGACAUGACCAUAGAAAAUGAUGCUUUCCUCAGUAAAAACUAUUAGGCCUAUCGAUGGGGGGCUGUGAUCAGAACUAUACUCCAUCUCUAUGCAGAGGUAGCCAGUUUUAGGACAGUAAAGGUUACCGGCCGGGUGUGAAGAUAAUGCACUAAAAUAGUGCUUCUUCUCACGGACUUUGUGCUUUUGCUGGCUUGAUUCAGUUACCGUGUUCCUUAAAGCAAGCUGAGAAAUCAUGGGACCUAUCAAUCAGCAAGCAUUACAGUAAUACUUUUUAUUGAGGAAAAAGUGCUAUUUCAUGGACAUGACUGAAAUGAAGACAGAGGGCAGCACAAGAAUGCACCCACAUACUGUCACUCAGAGGUACCAUAUAGAGCUUGAAAUAUAUAUUUUAGGUUAGAAACAGCAUCAAACUAUGGAGUUUUUUCUUUUGCAGAAUGCCCCUGUAGAAUGACUAUUUUUGGGGCCAAACUGCAAACAAUUGAAUCCUCUUAUCAAAAUGAAUGCAUCUAAAUCUGUACUUGCACUUACUUUUUAAUCAUUGCACUUCAAUGCUGACUGACGUAUGAUAUAAAUCUGUGUUGCUCAUUAAAAUAAGAAAAAUGUAGAUGUUUGGGCAUGGA